AUGAAGUUCCAACUUUCUUGCUUGAUUUUGCUCUACACUUUCUCCGGUAUCGUUGCCAGGAUAUUCGACCGCUGUUCUCUGGCUCGUGAGCUGUCACGUUUGGGUACGCCGCGUGGCGAUAUACCCGCUUGGGUGUGUAUUGCACAGUAUGAGAGUACAUAUAAUACGGCGGCCAUUGGUCCACCAAAUUCGGAUGGUUCGCGUGAUUGGGGUCUCUUUCAAAUCAACGAUCGCUUCUGGUGUGAUCCACAAGAUGGACGACGCACGUCGAAUGUUUGUGGCACACCAUGUCGUUCGUUGACUACCGAUGAUAUUGGUACAUCGCUGCGUUGUGCGCGUCAAAUACAAGGUGCACAAGGUUUUGGCGCUUGGACCGUGUGGGGUAGACAGUGUCGUAGCGGUUGGGCCUUACCGAAUAUUAAUGAUUGUUUAUUAUAUGAAAGUUACUUUGUAAAAAUGAAGCUACAAAACAAAGCAUUUCCAGCAUUAAUCGCUUCAAUUUUUAUGCUAAGUUUUCUAAGUCCCGUUAUACAAGGACGCAUUUACAAUAAAUGUGCGUUGGCACGUCGUCUCUAUCGCAUGGGUAUGCCUUUUCAUGAGCUGGACGAUUGGAUGUGUUUGAUCGAGGGUGAGAGCUCUUUCAAUACGAAAGCCAUAAAUCCAUCGAAUGUGGAUGGCUCCGUCGAUUGGGGUCUGUUUCAAAUCAACGAUCGCUACUGGUGCAAGCCGGCCGAUGGACGUCCAUCCACCGAUUCGUGCCGCAUGCCUUGUCAACUACUACUGAGUGAUAAUAUACGGUUUUCGGUCGCCUGUGCAAAGUAUAUACGACGCAUACAGGGCUUCAGCGCCUGGGUCGCAUGGAAUAAUCGCUGUCAAGGCUAUAAGCCGAGUAUGAAACAUUGUUUUGUGCAUAGUGGAAAUGAAAUGAAGUUGUAA